UCUACUACUCCUCUCACUGAAUACUAGAGAAGAAGACCACUACCUAUCCGGGCGUAUUCCUCUUGGAGAAGCGUAGAGUAUCUUUACAGCGGAGCUCACGGCAUUUUUUUUCUAUACAGUCGUACUCUUAACGUUUGUGUAAAAUCUCUGCCAUGGCCAAAGGCGAGGGAGGAGAGCAGUACUCGAACGCCAGUUUGUUGAAUAAACCAGACAACGGCACCGAGGUACAUCCGAAGAAGAUAGCUGUCUCCAGAUAAGCCCAAGUGAACAUCCAGAGGAAGUUGUCUUGAAAUGUGAAAACAAAGUUGACGUGGUAUGAGAAGGUUUGCUUUGCCAUCGGUGGAGCUCCAUACCAAAUAACUGGAUGUGCAUUGGGCUUUUUCCUGCAGCUGUUCCUACUGGACGUAGCUCAGUUGGAUCCCUUCAAUGCAUCCAUCAUCCUUUUCGUGGGCCGAGCCUGGGAUGCUGUAACUGACCCCACAGUUGGAUUUCUGGUGUCACGGAGCCCAUGGACACGUAUCGGACGUAUGAUGCCUUGGAUUCUGAUCUCAACCCCGCUGGCCGUAAUUUCCUAUUUCCUCAUCUGGUAUGUGCCCCCGUUCGACAACGGCAAAGUGGUCUGGUACCUACUUUUCUACUGCCUCUUCCAGUCUCUUCAGACGUGUUUUCAUGUCCCGUACUCAGCCCUCACGAUGUUCAUCAGCUCGGAGCAGAAGGAGAGGGACUCGGCCACAGCUUACAGGAUGACAGUGGAGGUCCUGGGCACUCUGAUCGGAACUGCGAUCCAGGGUCAGAUUGUGGGCAUGGCCACUGCGCCCUGCGUUCCCAGGUCAGAGGACACUGUGAGCAACCUUACCCAACCUUCAGGCCUCAAUGAAACCGCCUCAACCAUCUCUUUGGAACACACGAGAGCUGCCUAUAUGAUCGCUUCUGGAGUCAUCGGUGCCAUCUACGUUUUCUGUGCAGCUGUGCUUUUCUUCGGUGUGAAGGAACAAAAAGAGUCUUGCUGUCCAACCACCCAGCCCAUUUCCUUCCUGGGAGGCAUCAAGCUGGUGAUGGGAUACAAACCAUAUGCCAAGCUCAUCUUGGUUUUCCUCUUCACCUCCCUGGCUUUCAUGCUACUGGAAGGCAACUUUGCUCUGUUCUGCACCUACACACUGGGCUUCAGGGACGACUUCCAGAACAUUCUUCUUGUCAUCAUGCUCUCUGCGACAUUGGCCAUUCCCUUCUGGCAGUGGUUUCUCAACCGUUUUGGAAAGAAGACAGCGGUUUACGUUGGCAGCUUGUCUGUCGUGCCCUUCAUGAUCAUGGUGGUGUGUGUGAAAAGCAACCUGAUUGUCACCUACAUCACCUCCUUUGCUGCCGGAGUGGGUGUGGCCUCUGCCUUCCUGCUGCCCUGGUCCAUGCUGCCUGAUGUGGUGGAUGAUUUCCAAGUCCAUAACCUCAAGUCUACUGGCCACGAAGCACUCUUCUACUCCUUCUUUGUCUUCUUUACCAAGUUUGCAUCUGGAAUUUCUCUUGGCAUCUCCACACUCAGUUUAGACUUUGCUGGCUACAUCUCUAGAGGCUGCACUCAACCAGAGGCAGUGGACGUAACGCUGAAGGUUCUGGUGUCGGCCGCUCCCAUCGCCCUCAUCAUCACCGGCCUGCUCAUGCUCACGACGUAUCCCGUCAACGAGGACAGGAGGCAACAGAACCGCAAGUUCCUGGAGGAUCUGAGGGAUGACACGGACUCUGAUACAGACUCAAAUGAAAUGAGAAAUAUGGUCUAGAGAGCCGAAGAGCUGCAUGGGCCUAUCAGGUGAACUCCUGGCUAUUUUGCACUGGACGGGACCAACCGGCCUGGACCCGUUGGAUCCAACAGACACUGCCUUGCCUUGUCCGCCUCUCUACCCCACAGCUGCUGCUGCUGCUUUACAAAGCGUGACGUUCUCUUGAGACCCCACAAACAGAACCACCACACUAACUGUUUUUUUCCCCUGGUUUUGUCUGGCCGUCUAGGUCUUUCUUUCGCACUUCUCAAGUCGUUUUUCUCGACUGUAGUUUGACAGUGCACAGAUGAGAGCACCUGCAUCUGCUCCCUGAUGGUGCUAUUUCUACCAUUGAGCAUUAAGGACCAAGAACACUGCGUCUGUAGUUCUCUUCAAAAUACUUGAAUCUACACUAUGCCUUAAGGUCAGCUCGGGGCAGCGCUCAAAUCUGACACAGCUUGUUGGUCACUUCUCUAAAGUGGGUUUGUGUUAUCUUUGUGCGACAAGGAUUGGAAAUAGGGAAAAGAAAAGUGACUGUGGACGAGUUCAUUGCAGCAUCCCUGACAGGCAGCAAGGUGGAAAAAGGUGGCUGAACCAGACAAGCGAGGUUUUUGGUACAACCACUAGAGACAGAGCUUUCAUACGCCAUUAUUUAUUUUCACAGAAGCUUCUGUGAACCGUCAUGUGGGGACGUGUCACAGAUGGCAGUCAUCUAAGCAAAGUAUUUAAGUAUUUAUUAUUAUUAUUAUUUUUAAACGGCUGUUUCUGGAAGCAAAAACCGCUCCAGCUCUGUGGCAACAAGACCAGUGUUUUGCAGCAACUAUCGUAACAUUCAAUUGUAAAUGAACACAUAUCUUGAAUCUUGAAACCAAGGUUAAACAAUGACAAGUAAUAGUAUAGUGUAGUAAUAGUAUACAUUUUUGCCACAAUGUGCUGAAUGGCAUUUACAGUAAGCAACCCAGAAGGUCAAAUUCUGAGCCUAACCAUGAGCACAGACAUGCAGCAUGUGUGGUGGGAAACUCGAGCUUUAGGCUUGUGUUCUUUGGCCUUAAAAUCUAUGUUGAGCCCCAAGAUUAUGAUAAGAAACAAAUCGAUCAAGCACAUGAUUUCAACUUUUGUGGUUCAAAACAAAACUCAUUUUGAGCAGGAUAUGUUGAGCACAGAAGUUGUGUUUUUCCUUAAGAAACCUGAGCCCUUAAGCUCCAAUCAGAGCUCUGUAAUGUAUAUUUAAAUGUAUAUUGGUGCAGAAUAUUUUUUGUUUGUUUGUUUUGAGUCUCCACGCCCCAGCAAUGUUUAAUUCAGUCUUUUAAAGUCGGAAUGGUGGUCUGCGUAUGUUUGCCUUUUUCUUAAUGAAUUCCCUCUAGUGCAGUAUGCAAUGGAAAAUGAAAGAUGUUGCAAACCGCCUGCCAUCAUUGCUUCAAUGUAACUAAAAGGGAAGCACAUGACUGUAAAAGACAGAACAGUAGGACAUGGUCAUUUGCCUUGGCUGUUUAUUUUCCAGUUUAGUUGAGAGAACAAGAUGCUUUAAAAUCGACUCGAUCCUUGUCAUGGCAGUCGGAUCGACCUGUUCAUAUCUGUUGAUAUGGAAACGUGUACAUACCUGCAUCCUAUGUUAUACAUACAUCUUUGAGUUCAUACGCCUGCGACGUGUUGCUUCUGACAACAUCAUGGGAAGUUUUAUAUUUGAGCAUUUUUUUAAAAAAAUUUCUUGGCGUCUGAGAGAGGUUCUGUCUUUCGAGGACGGUGUCUACACUGUACCAUAUUAAACUGACAUUUGUACAUCUUGUAAAUGACGUUACAUAGCCUUGACCAAUUUCCCAUUAGAGGCCAAAUGUGAACUUGAAUCCCUCAACAGUGAGACACCUUGUGUUCACACCUCUUGUACAGAUAUGAUGUAGAUUGUAAAUAUUUGCUUAUACUUUUGUGGUUUCGAGUGAAAUGAAAGGUCUGGUCUCUGUCUUGUAGCUAUUUAAGGAAACUUGUUGAAGACUGUUAAUAAAUUCUAAUUGAAAGGUCUGUG